UUGACAACCAGAGGUUCGGUAUUUUGUUGCUCGUAAUUUCCUAACCAAACAAUUGGUUUUUCAUGUUAUUUCAUGGACAAAUACAUAUAGUUACACAAUGUUUCCCUCCGCCUUGCGAUGUGUUUCCACAUUACACAAUUUGAGGCGUAUCAAAUCGUUAAUUCCAACAAAAAUACGGACUAUCCACACAACUGCAGUAUAAUUUUAGGCUUACGGCAUGGAGAAUACGAGUGGCAGGAUCCCAAGUCAGAAGAUGAGGUUGUAAAUAUUAUAUACGUGGAUAAAGAAGGGAACAAAACUAAAGUAAGAGGCAAAGUUGGAGACAAUGUCUUGUAUUUGGCUCAUAGAUAUGGAGUUACUAUGGAAGGAGCGUGUGAAGCUUCAUUAGCAUGUACAACAUGUCAUGUAUAUGUGGAUCAUAGUUAUUUUGAUAAGUUACCUCCGUCAGAAGAAAAGGAAGACGAUUUGUUGGACAUGGCACCUUUUUUAAAAGAAAACUCUAGAUUAGGUUGCCAAAUAGUGCUAACCAAAGAACUCGAAGGGAUGGAGCUAAGACUACCCAAGGCUACUAGGAAUUUCUAUGUUGACGGACACACACCUACACCACAUUAAUAGUGUUAAGAGUUAAUUAGAUAACAGGAGGUAGCGAUUUCUCACUUCGUUGUAACUUCAAGCAAAAAUAUACUUUGGUAUAUUGCACUAGAUGUGACUUUGUAAAUUCUUCAUUGAAGCAGCCACCCUAGACACGUUGCACUUUUUGAUAGAAUCGAAAAGCAGAUCUGUCAAAACUCCAUACAAAGAAAAGCCUUUCGACCAUUUUUCGACUGGUUUGCGAUUAUAAUGUGCACUUUGUCCAGACCCACAGGUCACUUUGAAGUCUAGCUAUCUUAUUUUCAUCACAAAUAAAAAAUCUUUUAUCCAGUGAAUAAGUAAAAUAAAUUUUAUUUUAUAAAUCUUAUCAAAAUUUUGAGUAGUGCUUAGAUAUAAAUUAUUACUGAAGAGAAUAUAAAUAGAUUAAGGUAAAUCAAAGAAGUUAAAGCAGUUGUAAAUAUUGUAUAUUAAUUGAUAUUGUUAAUACAAUAGGUGCUGUAGAGUUGUAUAGAUUGAUUACAAUAAAUGGCAGUUUUUCUGUAAGAAGAAAA